AUGACCAACAUCAACAUCCUGCAGGUCCAGGCGUCCCCCACGUCCCUGAAGGGCUCGGCGGUGCCCGCGGGCCCGGCUGGCACGGCCCCGGCGGGCGGCGCGGGCGAGGCGCCGGGCAGCCGGCAGGCCGCGGCCAAGCUGGCGCUGCGCAAGCAGCUGGAGAAGACCCUGCUGGAGAUCCCCCCGCCCAAGCCGCCCGCGCCCGAGAUGAACUUCCUGCCCAGCGCCGCCAACAACGAGUUCAUCUACCUGGUGGGGCUGGAGGAGGUGGUGCAGAACCUGCUCGAGAGCCAAGGGAAGGUGGCGGUGGCCGUGUCCUGCCGGGAGCCCUACCUGUGUGCCCAGUGCCACACGGACUUCACGUGCCGCUGGCGGGAGGAGAAGAACGGCACCAUCAUGUGCGAGACCUGCAUGGCCUCCAACCAGAAGAAGGCCCUGAAGGCCGAGCACACGAACCGGCUCAAGGCCGCCUUCGUCAAGGCGCUGCAGCAGGAGCAGGAGAUCGAGCAGAGGAUCCUGCAGCAAGCGGCGCCGCCCGGGCAGCCCAAGGCCGAGCCCGUGGGGCAGCACCACGCGCUCAAGCAGGUGGGCACGCGCCGCUUCCAUGGGGAAU